UCUACCCUCCCCCGUCUCUCUCUCUCUCUCUCUCUCUCUCUCCUCUUUCUCUCUCUCUCUCUAACCACUUUAAUCAUAUCUGUUUCAUCUAGUUAUCAACGAACCAAAUUGAUCAUCUUUAGCUUAUCUGGUGUCACUUCAAAAAUGGACGGCAGAUUCAGCACCAACCCAUUUCUAAACGACCAAGAAGACAAUGAAAACUCACCGGAAAAUAGUUGUGACUCCCCUACUUCCGCCAUGUUUAACGACUCCAAGAUCACCUCUACCUCCUCCCCUAAAAGAAGUAGGCGUGCUUUACAGAAGAGAGUGGUGUCAGUGCCUAUCAGAGCUGUUGAAGGAUCCGGGCUUAAGAGCGAGACGAGUGCUCCGCCGUCCGAUUCAUGGGCUUGGAGGAAGUACGGACAGAAACCCAUCAAAGGAUCUCCAUAUCCUAGAGGGUAUUAUAGAUGCAGUAGCUCAAAGGGCUGCCCUGCAAGAAAGCAAGUAGAGAGAAGCCGUGUGGACCCCACCAUGCUAGUGAUCACGUACUCCUGCGAGCACAACCACCCUUGGCCGGCGUCAAGAAACAAUCACCACCACCACCACAACAACGCCGUUGCCGAAACCACUACCGUUGCAACUCCAACAACUACCGUAGAGGUUUCAAACUCCGACAACGAGAAGUUAACAGUCUUUGAACCCGACCCGGAUGAGAAGUUCGCCAAUUUAGGGUCGGACUCGUUGAUCACCGGCGACGAAUUCCGGUGGUUCCCGGAGCUGGAAUCGACGUUUUCCACCGUGCUGGAGAGCCCAAUUCUGGCGGAGGAGAGCGUGGGCGACACGGGCGCGGCGGUGGUUUAUCCGAUGAGGGAGGAGGAGGAUUCUCUGUUCGCGGAUCUGGGUGAGUUGCCGGAAUGUUCGAUGGUGUUCCGGCGAGGAGUGAUGGAGGAGGUUCGGCGGCGGUGUGGAUUGACACCCUGGUGUGGGACCACAGGAUGAGAUCGUUUGACACGCUCAACAAAGGCGUGCUUAUCGUGCGCCUUACGACACCACAAAACUACAAUUUUUCAUUUUUAUUUUAAUAAAAAUUUGCCUAGAUUUCAGUGUAGUGAGCAACGAAUAAAUAUGUCCGAUUCCAAUUCUGUCUU